UCAUACGUAGGCGCCGACGUUCUCGGGGGACCUGCAGAGCUGUCAUGGCGAGCUCGGCCGCCUCUUCGGUGCGCCCCCCCAGACCCAAGAAGGAGCCUCAGGCCCUCAUCAUCCCCAAGAAUGCGGCGGAGGAGCAGAAGCUCAAGCUGGAGCGGCUCAUGAAGAACCCGGACAAAGCGGUUCCGAUACCAGACAAAAUGAGCGAGUGGGCACCUCGACCUCCCCCAGAGUUUGUCCGAGAUGUGAUGGGUUCCAGCGCGGGGGCUGGAAGCGGCGAGUUCCACGUGUACAGACACCUGCGGCGGAGAGAGUACCAGCGGCAGGACUACAUGGACGCCAUGGCGGAGAAGCAAAAGCUGGAUGCUGAGUUUCAGAAGCGACUGGAAAAGAACAAAAUGGCAGCCGAGGAGCAGACCGCAAAGCGGAGGAAAAAACGCCAGAAGUUGAAAGAGAAGAAAUUGUUAGCAAAGAAGAUGAAGCUUGAACAGAAGAAACAGACAGGAGGGCCUGGCCAGGCCCAGGGGCAGCCACCCAGCAGCUCUGAGGAGGCGUCGGGAUCCGAGGAGGAGGAAGAAGAGGAGGAGGAGCCCAGCUUCCUCACGGGGCGGUGAUGGCAGCAGCCGAGGGAGCUGCGUGACCAGUUGCCACACAGCCAGGAAGAGACCCCCCCGGGGCCGGACACCGAGCCACAGGUCGCUCCUGGCUACUCCUAGCCCCCCCUCCCUGCAGGACUCAGGCCUUGGGGACAGAGACCGUGGAUGGACAGAGGGCUUCCCCCUCGCUGAGCGCCCCAGCUUCCUGCAGAAGGGGGGCAGGAAAGGAGGUGUCACUCCCAGCCCUGUCGCCGCCUGCUGGACCGUGCUGAGCGUGGCCGGGCUCUGUAAAGUAGCAUUUAUUCAGUAAAGUGCAGAGCCUCGA